CGGCGGCUACGGCUGGGAGACCCGGGCGGGAGCCCGCGGCACAGGCCGUGGCUUGUGCUGGGAGGGUGGCGGGGAGGGACGGAGGAGGAAGAUGGCGACGUCGGGGGCGAACGGGCCUGGCUCGGCCACGGCGUCAGCUUCCAAUCCGCGCAAGUUUAGUGAGAAGAUCGCGCUGCAGAAGCAGCGUCAGGCCGAAGAGACGGCGGCCUUCGAGGAGGUGAUGAUGGACAUCGGCUCCACCCGGUUACAGGCCCAAAAACUGCGACUGGCAUACACGAGGAACUCUCAUUACGGUGGUUCUCUGCCAAACGUAAACCAGAUUGGCUGUGGCCUGGCUGAGUUUCAGAGCCCCCUCCACUCACCUUUGGAUUCAUCCCGAAGCACUCGGCACCAUGGGCUGGUGGAACGGGUGCAGCGAGAUCCCCGAAGAAUGGUGUCCCCACUCCGCCGCUACCCCCGCCACAUUGACAGCUCUCCCUACAGUCCUGCCUACUUAUCUCCUCCCCCGGAGUCCAGCUGGCGGAGGACAAUGCCCUGGGGCAAUUUCCCUGCAGAGAAGGGGCAGUUGUUUCGACUACCAUCUGCACUCAACAGGACAAGCUCUGAUUCUGCCCUUCACACGAGUGUGAUGAACCCCAACCCUCAGGACACUUAUCCAGGUCCUGUACCUCCCAGUGUCCUGCCCGGCCGCCGUGGAGGUUACCUGGAUGGUGAAAUGGACUCCAAAGUCCCUGCUAUUGAGGAGCACUUACUAGAUGACAAGCAUUUGCUGAAGCCCUGGGAUGCUAAGAAGCUGUCCUCAUCCUCUUCCCGACCUCGGUCCUGUGAAGUACCUGGAAUUAACAUCUUUCCGUCUCCUGACCAGCCUGCCAGUGUGCCUGUCCUCCCACCUGCCAUGAACACGGGAGGCUCCCUGCCUGACCUCACCAACCUGCACUUCCCUCCACCACUGCCCACGCCCCUGGAUCCAGAGGAGACAGCCUACCCCAGCCUGAGUGGGGGCAACAGUACCUCCAAUUUAACCCAUACCAUGACCCACCUGGGCAUCAGUGGAGGCCUGGGCCUAGGCCUAGGCUAUGAUGCACCAGGACUUCAUUCACCUCUCAGCCAUCCAUCCUUGCAAUCCUCCCUAAGCAAUCCCAACCUUCAGGCGUCCCUAAGCAGUCCUCAGCCCCAGCUCCAGGGCUCCCACAGUCACCCCUCACUGCCUGCUUCCUCCUUGGCCCGCCAUGCACUGCCCACCACCUCCCUGGGUCAUCCCUCACUCAGUGCCCCAGCCCUCUCCUCCUCCUCGUCCUCCUCCUCUGCUUCAUCUCCUGUGCUGGGUGUCCCCCCUUACCCAGCUUCUACCCCUGGGACCUCCCCCCGCCACCGCCGUGUACCCCUCAGCCCCCUGAGUUUGCCCGCGGGCCCAGCCGACGCCAGAAGGUCCCAACAGCAGCUGCCCAAACAGUUUUCGCCAACAAUGUCACCCACCUUGUCUUCCAUCACUCAGAUUUCGUGGACUCAGAGAAGCUCAGAUCAUGAAGCCCAAUCCUUUCAUUUUAUAGACAUGGAGACUGGGGCCCAGAGGGGCGUUCCCCUGGACACCAGUAAACUGCCCACUGACCAGCGGCUGCCUUCAUACCCAUAUAGCCCCCCAAGUUUGGUUCUUCCCACCCAGCCACCCACCCCAAAGCCUCUACCGCAGCCAGGGCUGCCCUCUCAGGCCUGCUCAGUGCAGCCCUCAGCUGGGCAGCCCUCAGGCAGGCAGCCACACUAUGGGACACUAUACCCACCGAGCUCCAGUGGGCAUGGGCAGCAGUCUUACCAGCGGCCAGUGAGUGACUUCAACCUGGGGAACCUGGAGCAGUUCAGCAUGGAGAGUCCAUCAACCAGUCUGGCGCUGGAUCCCACUGGCUUUUCUGAAGGGUCUGGAUUUUUAGGGGGUGAGGGAUCAGUGAGUGGCCUCCAGGACCCCCAUGCCCUCAACCACCAGAACUUGACCCACUGUUCCCGCCAUGGCUCAGGGCCUAACAUCAUCCUCACAGGAGACUCCUCCCCAGGUUUCUCUAAGGAGAUUGCAGUAGCCCUCUCUGGGGUGCCUGGCUUCGAGGUGUCAGCAGCUGGGUUGGAGCUGGGGCUGGGGCUGGAGGAGGAGCUGCGCAUGGAACCACUGGGCCUGGAAGGGCUCAACAUGCUGAGCGACCCCUGUGCCCUGCUGCCUGAUCCUGCUGUGGAGGAUUCAUUCCGCAGUGACAGACUGCAGUGAGGGGACUCAUCAUCCCUCUAAUUGGCCCUGUUCCCCAUCACUGUUCCUUUCCUCCCAUCCCCCCUGGCCAGUAGAGACUACUCUGCCCCCAGAUCCUCUUUCUAACGUGAAUGAGGGAUCCUAAGAAUGAGAAAAAGCAAGGGGUUUUUCCAGGUGACUCCUGAAUUCUGCACAAGGGGUGGGCCUGGGGGAGCUCAAGGGAGGGUCUGAAGCACUUGUAACUUUGAACCGUCUGUCUGGAGGUCAGAGCCUGUUGGAAAGCAGGGGGUAGAGGGGAGCCCCAGAGGCAGGGCUAGUUCCAGAUGCCCAGGGGUGGGCAGUGCCAGCCCCUCGUCACCACUCUUCCCCUUGCAAUGGAGGAGAGAGCCAGAGUGGAUAUUAUUUUUUAUUAAAUAUAUUAUAUGUUAAUAAAA